UCGUCGUGAAUAUAAACGAUUUUCUUCAGAUUUGAUGUGGUUUUAAGUGGUAUUUAUCGAAGAAAAUGUAUGAAAGUGGAUUUACAAAGCACAGGAAAUCCGUUUAUUAAUAGAGGAAACCGCAAUGUGUCUUGAAUGACAAAAAUAUAGGUUUGAAUUUAUAGAUUUAUAAUGUGGCCUUCAUGAUUUUAGUGGUAAAGAAAAUAGAACAGAUUUUUAGUAAAGCGUUUUGAGAGUAAAAUGACUUUAUCUUUUGGAAAAUUGAACAAUGUUGCAUCUAAAUACACAGAAGCCUUCGCCGCUCCCCUUCCCCCGGAGCGACGCCGAGCCCCCAGCCGUCCCCGUCCCGCGCGCAGUAUUGGAAUGGUGGAGGAGGCGGCGGCACGAGGCGUCAAAGGAGGACCUCCGAGCGAAGGCGACGAAGAAGCUCCUCUCAGCGCCCGCCUCUCCCUGGCUCUCCUCUCCUUGGCUCCCGGCCGUGCCCUGCUGCCUCUCCUCCCCGUCGCCCCCGCGUCGGCUGGUCGUCGCAAAAUGCCCAACAUCAAGAUCUUCUCGGGGUCGUCCCAUCCCGACCUGGCGCAGAGGGUCGUGGAUCGCCUGGGCAUCGAUCUGGGGAAGGUCGUCACCAAGAAGUUCUCCAAUCUGGAGACCUGUGUGGAGAUUGGGGAGAGCGUCCGCGGCGAAGAUGUGUACAUCGUGCAGAGCGGUUGUGGGGAGAUCAACGACAAUCUCAUGGAGAUGCUCAUCAUGAUCAAUGCAUGCAAAAUCGCCUCUGCAGCCCGAGUAACGGCAGUCAUUCCAUGUUUCCCUUAUGCUAGACAAGACAAGAAGGAUAAGGAACAGGUGGCAUAUAGGCCUCUAUCGCGAGCCCCAAUUUCUGCCAAACUUGUUGCCAACAUGCUCUCCGUGGCUGGUGCUGACCACAUCAUCACCAUGGACCUCCAUGCCUCUCAGAUCCAAGGCUUCUUCGAUAUUCCUGUCGAUAAUCUUUACGCCGAGCCUGCAGUCCUCAAGUGGAUUCGGGAGAACAUACCGGAGUGGGGGAAUUCCAUUAUAGUAUCGCCUGAUGCUGGCGGUGCCAAAAGAGUCACUUCUAUAGCUGACCGACUUAACGUAGAGUUUGCCUUGAUUCACAAAGAGCGCAAGAAAGCCAAUGAGGUGGCUUCGAUGGUGCUGGUUGGAGACGUGAAGGACCGCAUUGCCAUCCUGGUUGAUGACAUGGCAGACACCUGUGGCACAAUUUGCCACGCUGCUGAAAAGCUCAUGGAGGCAGGUGCAACCAAAGUGUAUGCCAUCCUUACUCAUGGCAUCUUCUCCGGGCCUGCGGUCACCAGGAUCAACAACGCAUGCUUUGAGGCAGUCGUAGUAACCAACACGAUACCCCAAGAGCAGCACAUGAAGGAGUCUAACAAAAUCCAGUUGAUUGACGUGUCCAACAUUUUGGCCGAGGCAAUCCGUAGGACCCACAAUGGAGAAUCCGUCUCCUUCCUGUUCAACUCUGUCCCUCUCUAGAUGCUGGUUGAUGUUUGAUGAUGGGUGCUACAGUUGAUGAUGAGUUGAUGGUGAUGAUGAUGAGUCAGAUAGGUGUAUUGAUAUCUCCUUGGUGUUUGCCGAAGCGAUACGGAGGACACACAACGGAGAGAGCGUUUCGUACUUGUUUAGUAAUGUUCCAUAUCACUAGGACUCAUCCUUGUACAUAACUACUCGUGUGGUCAAAGCACUGUUGUACCAUCAUGCUACGUACGUUAAUUAAUGUUGGAAAGUGAAUGGUACUGGUGCCUAAAUUUUCCUUUUUUUUUUUUUUUUUUCCUUCUCACAUGUGUAUUAUAUACAAGAUAUAUAGAUCAACAGAAGCUGAUUAAAGAAGUAAUAAAUAUAGGAUAAAGGUAUAGGAAUCCCAUUUCCCCAUUGGCAUAUGUAGGAGUGCCUAUUUUUAUACCACAUCAGGCCUGUGAGUAAUAUAUUAAUGUAAUGUAAUGCCUUAUACUAAAUGAUUAAUAAUUAAUCACACCCAUUUCUCUCCCUUGAUGCAGACGCAAAGGGACAAGUUAAAGAAAUAAGAUAUCUUUUGUUAUAUUGUCUAAAUAUGUUUUGAGAGCAUAUAUAUAUUUUCAAUAAAUUUCCCAAAUUUUUGUAUUUCAAAGAUAUUGACUUGCUGCCCUGUCCUUACCUGAGUAUGCUUGGUUCCAGAAGUUGAAAAUUUAUGAAAGUGUGAGUGUGGGUGGCCUGGAGCAGUUAGUUGCUGUGAUGAAUGAAAUACAGAUGAUAAACAAGAGUAAUAAUCUAAGAAGCAUGCACGUACACACCAUUCAAUACUACAUACACAGGCACACACAGACACCGUUGGCACAACCAUGCAUACAUGAUCAGGCACACAUAUCCAUGGACACUUGCAUGCGUCUUCACAGACAUGCAAUUGUAACCACACAAACACACAGAUAUGUCCCUAAAGAUGUAUACACUUGUCUCCAUAGACUGACAUAUGUCUCUCCACAUAGGCAUGCACAUGUCUCCACUCACACACAUCUUUACAGAUGUGUACACACCUCCAGAGAUGCACACAUCCACAUGGAAGGACACAUAAACACAUCUCUACACGCAUGAUUGUCUCUCUACAGAUACAUUCGUUCACAUGCCUACAGAUGCACUCAUGUCUGCAGGCACACACAUCCCCACAGGCACAUGCAUGAACUCUACAGUUGCACUUACACAUCUCCACAGGCAUUCUUGGAGAUGUGCAUUUGAUCAUGCAGGCAGUUGCAGGCAUCCCCAUAGACACAUGCAGGCUUGCCAACAAUGGUCCUGCAAGCAGACACAUGCAUACUCAUUGACACACAGCUCACUAGCACAUGCUUGCUGGCACUUGUAUGCCCUCUCAUUAGCACAUAGAUGCCCACCCAUUGACAAUGCCUGUAGUCACAUGUAUGCACCUCAGCUGAUACAUUACCUGCAUGUUCACACACUGGUAAACUUGCACAGAACAUGCACACUUGCAUGUAGGAUGCACACAUGCAAGGAGAGGGAGAGUGCUCAUGCACACACGUAGAGUUGCACAUGCACACGCACACGCACACGCACACGCACACGCACAUGCACACGCACAUGCACAUGCACGCGCACAUGCAUACGCACAUGCACACGCACGCAUGUAGAGUUUUACAAGCUCAUGCAUAUAUGCAGAGCUGCACAGGCACAUGCGCACCUAGCUGUUCAGGCAAAUGCAUGAAAUACAGACACAUGCAUGUCCAUCAGAGCUGCACAAGAAUAGGCAUGUGCAUUCAGACCUGCACAGGCACAUGCACAUGCAUGCAGAGUUGCACAGGCACAUGCACGCAGCACAGGCACAUGCACGCAGCACAGGCACAUGCACGCAGAGUUGCACAGGCAAAUGCACGCAGAGUUGCACAGGCACAGGCACGCAGCACAGGCUUAUGCAUACAGCACAUGUACACAACAAAGGCACAUGCAUGCAGCACAGACAUGUGCACGCAGCACAGGCACGCAGGGCAGGCACGUAGCACAGGCACAUGCAAGCAGCACAGGCACGUAGCACAGGCACGCAGCACAGGCACAUGCAAGCAGUACAGUCACGUAGCACAGGCACAUGCAAGCAGCACAGGCACAGGCAUGCAGCACAUGCACACAACAAAGGCACAUGCAUGCAGCACAGACACGUGCACGCAGCACCGGCACAUACACGCAGCACAUCCACGCAGCACAGACACGUGCAUGCAGCACCGGCACAUACACGCAGCACAGACACGUGCACGUAGCACAGACAUAUCCAUGCUGCACAGGCACAUGCAUGCAGCAUAGGCUCAUACAUGCAGCACAAAAACAUGGAUGCAGCACAGGCAUGUGCAUGCAGAGCUACACAGGCAUAUGCACUCAGCACAGAGAGAGGCACAUGUACUAUGCACAUGCAUGCGGAGCUGCACAGGCACAGGCAUAUAGCACAUGCACAUGCAAGCUUAUGGACUUGCACAGGCACACACAAGCAUGUAGAAAUGCACUGGUGCAGCCAAGAAUAUAGAGGUGCACAUUUAAGCAUGUUGGGCUACACAAGCACAUGUCGGCAUAUAGACAUAGAGGUGUACAGCUAAUGCAGGCAUGUAAAGUAAAGGUACACAGGCACUCUCUCUCUCUCUCUCUCCUCUCUUCUCUCACACACACACACACACACACACACACACACACACACACACACACACACACACACACACACACACACACACACACACGCACACAGAUGCACACAUCUGUAUGUAUUUAUCUCUAAAUAUACAUAGGCAUGUUUGUGCACAUGCAUUUUCAAAUUUUUACAUAUACCCAAGUUUAAUACACAAUUAUGUAUUGUAGUUUUGAGAGUGACUGUGUAGUGAACGUAUAUUCACUUAUGUGUAUGUGUGAUGUGUUUGUGUGUACAUUCGUGUAUGUACGCACAGAUGAGUGUGUGAAUAUAUAGUAUGUAAAUCUGAUACAGCUUUUGUGUCUACUGAUUUAGUGUACUUAAGAUUCAAAACCUUAAUGAAUGUCAAGAAAAGAUUAUACCUCUGAGAGAGAGUGAAUGGUGUGAUGUGUAUGGAUUUGUAUUCUCUUUGGUAAAUGUUUUUUGUUAUAGUUUACUGCAUUGCGUAUAUACCUUUUAUCUCCUUUUUUUUUUACGAGUAUUUGAAAGUAAUGGUCUGUGUUAUAUAGGUUGAUACUAACAUUCUGAAGGUUAAGGGCAUUGAAUACGAUUUUUCACAUACCAAAAUUGUAUGACAAAGCAGGUGUAGGAGUGGUAGUCGAUAUUAACACGAGUGCUGAAUUAACUUGCAUCUGUUUUAAACCAGUUUUUAUUUAUUUUGUGUAUUGAAAAGAAAAAUAUAGGAGACAGAUUAGGAUCCCACCUCCUAGGAUGGAAUGGUUUGAUAGUUUACCUUGCUUUAUUGGAAAAAUAGGAUGGAGUGUAGAGUGGGCAUUAAGAAUGGAGGUUGUAUAAAGAGAGAGGGAGGGAAAAAUAAUGAUGGAAGGAAAAGAGAGUUUGAAUAUGGUAAGCAUUUAGUCACUUCUUACUACACAAAGGCAUAAUAUACCGAGGUCUGAGAGUAGAGAAUGUUGUGGGUUUGAUUUGUUUUUUCUCCAAUUUUUGCCUUCUGUGGGUGAUCAUUAAAAAAACAAAUGUUUGGAAAUUGGAGGGGUUAGAUAUUCAUUGAUGAAAUUUUUCUUCUUUAGUAAUAAACAUUUUACUGCAACUUUGUCAAUGAUAAAUAUUUUAACUAAGCAGCUUGAGCUUAGAGAAAACAAGAAAUGGAGCUUAAGGUACUUUGAUUUCAUAAAAUGAGGUUAUACUUGGGGUAUACUGGAUAGCAAUAUGUGAAUAUUAAGAAAAAUAUCUGUUUGAAGAAUAGUAUAUUCAUUUUAUUAGAAAUUCAAGGGCUUAAAUCUCAAGCUGUUGAUAUAUGCAUAAAGAUGGGGGCUAUGAGAGAGAGAAAACUACUUUUUGAGUAUAACAGUAAUAUAAUGUUUAACCAAAUUGUCAGAGAGAAUGGUGCAAAAAUGUGGGUGAGGAUGAAGUUGUACCUGUCUUUUAUUGCCUGUUAUUGUUGGAUUUGUCAUUCCUGUAGGUUGUUAUAGAUAAUAUUUUGUUUCCCAGGAUAUUGCUUACAAAAGACACGUUGGAGGAAACAUUUACUGAGAAUGAUCAGUGUUUGUAUUAUUUGUCCUUAUGAAUUCGUGAAAACAUGAACUCGUGAGAACAUGAACUUUCUGCUGGUUUGUCAGAUGGAACUUUUAAAGUAUGUAUCAUUUAGCUCUUAAGAUGUUUGGUGAAUUUGCCAUCACUGAAUGCUUGUAAUUUUUAAAAAUUCAAUGUUGCCUUGAUAAAGAAUACUAUAUGAAUAUAGUCAUGAUGGGAGUCUCAGCCUAAAUUAGGAUGAAUUAAGAGUAAAAUUCACAUUUGCUCAAUUUAAUUUAUUCUUCAACAUGAAAGAACAAAGCCAGUGAAUAUAGUUAUAGAUAAAGGAUUUCAGAUAAUUAUUAUCCACGUAAUAUAAGUUUAAGACACUUUUUGAGGUUUUCAUUUGUAAAGCUUUGUCGUCUAUAGUGCACAGGAGGGAUUGUGCUGAUUGUAGCUUCAGUGUGGAAAUGCACUGUAGACUUCACUGAAAAUGUCAUGAAUUAUUUUUGAAGCAAGUUUUAUUAAAAUGAGAUGAUUUAUGAAUUGGAAUGGAGAUCAUUUUCCUCUGCAAUCAUUAUUAGAAUCAGAAUAUUUUGUUGUUUUAUGGUGUUAUGUUUAUGAUUGUUUAUCAUUUAAAAGAGCUGUAAUAAAUUUGAUGAAAAUGUGGAAAAGUAAAUUCAGUUAUAGAAACAAGUCAUACAUUUCCUCAUUAAGAAAACUAUUGAAGAUAGGGAUUUUGUAUCUUCAGACAUGUUAUUUCACUUGAGAUGUAUUUUACACAACCUGGAAAGAUAUGUUACAUGAUGAUGAGUAGUUUCCUGUAUCCCUAUAAUGAUGUUGGUAUUGGACUAUGUGCAUGGAGACCGGAAGGAUCUGUGUGCAUAGAUUUGAUUAUUAUUUUCCUUUUUUAUUUAUUUAUUUUUUUAUACUUUGUUUACACUAAUUGUUUGUAUUGUGUAUUUAUAUACCAAAACUUUAUUGAAUUGGGCAGCUUUAUUGAAGAAUCUAUAUUAUACAAGAUUUACUGGGAUGUUUAAUUGGGGAAGGGCUUGUA